GAAUUCCCAUUGUGGUAAACUAUGGUGUGUUGGUAAUGACACAAUAACAGCAAAGAAUUUUGGCUAUGGUGUUUAUUGGAGUACUGGUGACUUAAAUGGUGGACAAAUCCAUUGUCGGUAAGUUAAAAACAUUUCCACAUCACUAACAAUAAACCAGUAUAUAUUCUUAUCUAGCAAGUUAGGCUUAAAUCUAUUAAAAAGAAAAAUAUACUCUAUAGGAAAUAUCCUUCAUUUCCUACUGUACAAAAUGAAACGCUUUAUAAGGCAUAUAAGAAUAAAUGUUGCGAUGUUGUGCGAGACAAUUUUUCCUGCGACUUACACCGCGGUUUCUGUCGUAGACUUGUCUUAUCUAAACGGCACGACAUUUGUAAUUUUGUUUUCUAUUUCUUUCACUUUCCAUCCUUAAGACUUUAUCUGCGGUUUGCAGCGGAGUUUGGCUCAUGUAGCAUAGCCCUUACUGUUCAUAAAUUUCGAUGUUAUAUUUGUUAACCAGGGCACACAGUAAUUGGUUUAUACUCAGUGUUGUGGUGUCCCCGCCAUUCGUUGUUAGAUUCAGUUACGUACAUGUUUGCUGUUAUAUUGCCAUGUUUGUGUGCACGUUUUAUGUUGGCAAAGUUUAAUAAAUAAAUUAACUAAAUCAUUAAAAAAAUGCUAAACGAUUUUAUUGCGAGACUAAAUUUGAAUGUGUAAAAUCUGAUAUAAAGAAAGCCUGGCGUGUACUUAAAUCUUAAUGACUAAAGUAUUGAAUAGGAAAAAAAAGCAAGACACACUUACUGAAACAUUCUCUAUUAAUAAUCAGGACAUUUCUGAUCCAUUGUUGAUUGCAAAUAAUUUCCGUAAGUAUUUUUCGGGCAUUGGACUAGAUUUAGCUGACAAAAUACCUUUCCCUACCCAGUCUUAUCAAUCGUAUUUACAUAAAAACUAUCCUAUAGCUCCAUUAUUUUCGAAUUUGUGUCAGAGGACGAAAUAAUUUCCAUCGUUGGUUUACUUCGUACUGGCACGUCCUCAGAUUAUGACAAUAUUUGCAUUUGGUCAAUUAAAAAUUCAAUUAAUUUAAUAUCCAAAACGUUAACUCAUAUUGUAGCUAUCUUUGGAAUUUUUAGCUUAUCAGGUAUUGUACCUGGUAUUGUACCUGAUAAGCUAAAAAUUACUAAAGUGAUUCCACUGUUCAAGUCGGGAGAGAAAAAAAUAAUAUCUAGUAUAGACCUGUUUCAAUAUAUAUUGCCAAGUUUUUCAAAGAUUUUGGAAAAGACUGUUUAUUACCGAAAAAUUAAUUAUUUGGAUGUAAAUAAGAUAUUUUAGUUGAUAAUCAAUAUGGUUUCAGAAGAAACCAUUCAACUUGACUUCUCUUGCACUGCUUCAUUUGGUCGAUCAAAUUUCUGCUGCUAAUGAUGACAAAAAAAUAUACUGUAGGUGUUUUUCUUGAUCUUUCUAAGGAUUUCGAUUUCGUUAACCAUGAUAUUCUAUUCGAUAAACUUGAAUUUUAUGGGAUCCGUGGUCUGGCCUUAGAUUGGAUACAUGACUAUUGUUAAUUAGGCUACAAAAGUUCUUGUUCUUCUUAUAGCCCAAUUAGAUGUGUCGUGCCACAAGGAUCAAUUCUCGGCCCAUUAUUUUUUAAAUAUAUAUAAAGUUCUUUGUAAUGCCUCCAACAUUCUAGAAUUUAUAUUGUUUGCCGAUGAUACAAACAUAUUCUAUAGUCAUCAAGACAUAUUCUUCAGUCAAAUCGACUAUCUAUCAAUCUAAUUAUCUAAAGAAGACAAAUUGUAUUCUAUUUAAGUCAAGGAAGAGGAAAUUAACACGUGACUUUGUUCUGGAAAUUAAAAAGUCACGUGUUGAUCGAGUCAGUGAAGUACAGUAUUUCUUGGUGUUGUACUUCAUGAAUGCCUGCCUUGGAAAUUUCAUAUAUCAUUAAUUUCAAACAAAAAUAUCUAUGUCUGCAUGGGUAUUAUUUUUAAAGCAAGCUUUUGUUUAUCCAAAGCUACCCCUAUUUGCAACACUGCAUACCUACUGCCCCGUAACUUUGUUUGAUACCAUCAAUCACCAAGGAUUGCCUAAUUUCAAUUUAUUAAAUUUUAACCAAACAAAAAAUACAAUACAAAUACAGUACAAAAACUACAAUUAAGAGAGAGGAAAAAGUAUUAAAUACGAGAUGACCUGUGUUAGGAAGUUUGGUAAGGAAACCCAACAAGAAGCUAAAAAAGCUUAUAAAGUGUUCGGCACUUUAAAAUUAGGAAUAUUUAUCAAUUAAAUAUUUAACAUGCAGUGAUAUACAAAAUAGCCAAAAUAUAAAGAAUUAUUUACAGUUUACAACAUUGAAAUAUUAAAUCCUGCAGUUCGCUGGAGUAUUCAUUAAGUCAUUAGGAACAGAUUAAACAAAACUCAAAAGAUAUUUUUUAAAUUUAUUUCGGAAAGAUUCGAUUGAAAAAGUACUUCAGAUAUCUAAACUUAAGUUAUUGAAGAAUUUUGGGCCUUGAUAAAACACAGAAAAUCGUCUGAUAUUAGUAGUCCUACAAAACGGGAUAUAGAGUAAUCCGGAACUUCGGGUGUUGUAUUGAUGAAUUCAAUUAACUGGUUGAAAAAAAGUACGGAAGGCAUCAGGAAGUAAGUCAUUGCAAUACGAAAACAUAAAAAUAUACCUAAAUGAAAUAAAUAUAAAUCACCAAAUUUCAGAAUUUUCAAUUCUUUAAAUAACGGAUCAGUAGUUGUCUGCAUAUGCAGCGAUUCGCUUUCAAGAUUCGCUGGAUAUGUAUAGAGCCCCAAACAAUAACACGUUUGUCAAUCCUAGAAAAGUUGCGGGCAUGCAGAAAAAAUAAAAUGAAACAACAUCUCUUAGUCUCAUAGUGUGUGUGAAAGAAAUAAGAAUGAACAUUAUCUUUUUAACUCUAAUGAUAAUUGCCGUUUGAUCAUCAUCUGCAGAGAUCUGCUGCACGACAUGCAGUAGUAAAACUCACGUACACGCUAUAAUUUGAUCUCUUAAGGUCUGUGCAGAUCUACCAAGCUCCAGGUAAACCAGCAUUGGGUACUGUCUUAGAUGGGACAAAAUGUGGAAGCGAAAUGGUAAGUACAUGGAGUAUAUAAUUACUUUUCAAGACAAGUAUAAGUGUAUCAGUUGUUUUCUGGGAAAAUUUAAGAUUUUAGUAAUCUCUGCUUAUUACCCCAAGUUUGUUGAACAAUAACGUUAAUAAACUUUGUUAAUAUACUCAGAAAAUAGAUAUGUUUCCAAGCAUUCAUUGCUUGGCAUCGGGCUCAGUCUACAUCUUCGCACGCUUUUUGUUUUGCUUUUUAUUAACAAAAUCAGUAGAGUGUCUUUUCCGGAAGUUGGAAAGACAGUCUGAAGCCAGUAGAAACGUUCAUGUUUUAUGACGUCGCGGUGAAGGAAUGCAGUGUGGAAAGUGAACUAGUUCGUGAACUGUGAAACGCCACAAGUUUAUAUCAGGACAGCCUAAUAAGAGCGGUUGGAAGCGACACAAGCGAAAAUGAGUUUAAUUCUGAUGGGUUUUUAUGGAGUCAUUAGCAAUUUGUCAAACUAAAUCAAGUUACUAAUAAGUAAAAUAACAUACAAGUCCCAUGCUGCAUUCCUUCACUGUGACGUCAUAAAACAUGAACGUUUCUACUGGCUUUUGAACGUUUCAACUUCCGGAAUGACACUCUACUGAUUUCGGUAAUACUUCGACUUAUUUAUAACAAAUUUACAUGCGAGGUUCAAAUUGUGAGGUUAAAUUAUUGUUAAUUAUAUAUGUUUGAGUCGUGUAAUAUUGUUCUUGGAAUUUAAGCCAUUUCAUUACCGUAUGCUGAUCUCUACCAAUAAAAUAAUAAAACGUUGCUGAAUGAUUCAGUAGUUUGCCUCAUUAAUAUUCAGUACACGCGUAAGCAUGUCAUUUUGUAGCCGCAAUUUCUGAUCGUGUCGUGGUCUAUUUUUAUACAGACAAGGACGGAAGAAACUAACUUAAAUAGUCGAUUCUUCUGUGUAGGUUUGUAUAGACAACAAGUGCGUAUCACUUUCAGUCGCCUAUGGUGGACAACCAACAUGCGCAAAUAACUGUAACGGGAAUGGGGUAAGUCUUUCUUAUUUGAAUUCAUAUCGUUUAUGGCUGGCCCCAAUCACCGAUUGUUGAAGUUGUUAAUUGAAUAUGUCAAGGAAAUCCAUAAUUUUCAAAUGAUUUGAGUCUAUUUUUGCACUCAACUUUUUAAUAUUAUUUCACUGUUAAUUUGAUCAGGUCUGUAAUGAGAACGGCAACUGCCAUUGUAAUCCAGGAUGGAAAUGUCCAAAUUGUGCCGAGGUAUACGAUGGUCCAGGUGGAAGCAUCGACAAUGGUGUUAAUUGUCAGAGUCCGGCACCACCAGCAACAACAGCAGCAGCAACGGCAGAAGCAACAACAACAACACAAACAGAACAAUCAUCUGAUGAUAUAAUCUCUAUGAAAUUUCUAAUACCAUUGGUUAUUGUGUCAGUGUGUUUUCUUCUUGUUGUUGUUGUGAGCAUAUACUGCUAUACUAAUCAACGUCGUUUUCGCCAAAAUAGCAAUGGACAACCGAACCAUAAACAAACUCACCAAAACGAAGCGUUCGGUAUGUACUUUUCUUGUACCCAUAUGCCAAGAGAGCGCUCGCCACUGCAACUUAGCUGAACCUUUUCCACUCAAGGAAAACAACUUGUUCCUAUUUUUAGGACACAUUGCAAAAAACUCGUAAACAAUGUUCCAUGAGCUAAUAAUAAAAUAUUUACUACCGCAUUUCAAUAAAGGCCCAUCUGGACGCGAUUUGGCAACGCAACGCGAAUUUUCCAUUUUCAAUGACAUUUAACUUCAAUAUUUUUCUAUGUUUUUCGAAUAUUCGGUACCACUAUUAUUAAGCAAUUCUAGCUAUUUGGUCUGCAUAUCUUGUAAAAUUUUUAUCCGUUGAGUGUUUUAUUUGUUUUUAAAAACGAAUAGUUUCAAAUUCGCGUCGCGUUGUCGAAUCGCGUUCGGUCUGAAUGAGCCUUUAUGUUUGUUUUUUAAUGAAAUACCUGAAAUCAAUGCAAUUUUAUCCCCAUACAUUAAUAUUGUGAAAUAAAAUUCAUAAAUAAUGUACCGUUGUGCAUUGCAAGUUAUUUUCCAAUGUUUUUAAGUAAUCUGCCUAUAUUACAACUGCCCAAUUUUUAAAGUGCAUAUGACUCAUGACAUGAAAUUUCUUAUUUUCUUAAAUGAAAGAACUCUUGGAUAAUAGCAGUGAUAUUCAACCAUUUUGAAGAGCUUGCAACCAACAUGACGUCAUAAAUUAGCGGACAUAUUCACACUCAUUUACAUAUGAAACAAAUUGAAAUAUCUCGGGAAUAAACCAUAAAAACAAGAGACUGAAAAAUAAGUUACACUAGAACUUAAGGUUACAGAACACCUUUGAGUGUUAAUUUCGCCUAAAAAUUUUUUAUUGGUUAGCAUUAGACUAGUUCUACUAUCGAAAGCAUUAGACUAGUUCUACUAUCUGACUAAGUGUGGACGAAAAAUAUUGAAAACUCGCAGAGUUAUUUAAUAAAAUACAUUUCGCUUGCAAUCAGAAAAACAUUGAAAAUGUAAUAUUCAAAUUCAAUUUUGUCCCGAAGAAUUUACGGCAAUUACUUAUUUUUAAACGAGUUGUGCUCCUGCGGGUUUUAACAAAUUUUUCUCAAAUUUUCACAGGACAUAGCUAAAGACGUCAGUUUCAAAAUUGUGUUCGGCUUUGUUCUAAUUUUGGAUAUUUUAAUAAUGAGCAAUUCACACAAACGAUUCAGAAAUAUAUCGCAGUCGUCAAAGAAAUCGCCAUAUCAGCGGAUGAUGACGAAAUAAACAAAAAUUUCCGAACACAAUUUUUUAGAACAACUAUUUUACUGUAUAAAAAUGAUAUUUUCAUAAAUAUAUCUUAAAACCAGCAGGAACAUAACUCAAAAGCGUAAAGGUACCGCGACUUAAGAUUUUCCUGAAUAAUUCUUACAUUAUUUUAUUGUUUGUCAAUUUUGCAACUUUAUCAUAUUUUGCAUGCACUGGCUAACAUUUGGUGAAAAUUUGAUGAAAAUCGGACUGAUUUUGAGCGCGCAGUAGCGAUUUUCCACAAAACGCCAAAAGGGUGUCCUGUAACCUUAAAGAGUUCUUUCAUUUAAGAAAAUAAGAAAUUUCAUGUCAUAUGUACUUUAAGUAUCAACUGCCUGACCAAAAAUUAUUGGCGAAGCUGCGAUCCCUCGGCCCUCCCCUCUCCUCUCCUAUGCUUAUGUAAGUGAGUGAGAAUAUAAUGAAUACUACAGCAGAAAAAUGAUCCAAAAACAACUUUCUAAAUCUUAUAGACUCCACUCAGCAACCUGCCGAUGAAUAUUAUUCAUACCCGAAUGAUGAUAUCCUAUAUGAAACCCCCAUCGAGGUUUUGCAAAGUAUCUGGAUUGAACAAAAUGGCACUGAGUCUAUACCACAAAUUUCUACUGGGCAGGAACCUUCCGCUUACACUUCCUUGAAAGACAACAGAGAACCAGCCAGUUUCUAUCAGCCACUGCAAUCUCUCGGGACAAGUGUUAAUCGACAUCAUUGGAAGGAGGCAGAUCCGCGUGAUCCACAAAUAUCCACUGAGCAGAAACCUUCCUCCUACACAUCCUUGAAAUACGACAGAGAACCAGCCAGUUUCUAUCAGCCACUACAAUCCCCUGGCACAAGUGUUAAUCGACACCACUUGAGGGCGAGCAAUCAGCCUGGUCAGUACGAAGAUGCAGCAUUUGUAGUUGCACCGGGCAAUGCUUUAUAAUACGGUUAUCAUAUACAAAGUAAAUACAGAGACGCUGGAUGGAUUUUUCAAGCAAUCUCUAUCGACACUGUAUACCGUCGAAUUAUAUGUAACCAAGGCAAAUAUAUGCUGUAAAUGUAUUGUAUUUUUAGUUCAUUGCAUGCCUUAUUUUUCUUUAAAAACCAUAGGCGUACGAAAGGGAGCGGGAAGGCAUGGAGAAAUUGGAUUUCUUAUGUUUUCGAUUUUUUUACUUCUUCCCCGCCUACCGCCUUCCACCCCCUUCCCCCGCAACGACAGGAAUUUUGGGAAAAAUACAAAAACAUUUUUUCGGGAGUUCGGAAUUUCAUGAACGUCGGGAAAAUGUUUGCGCACCCCCCCCCCCUAAUUUUUUCCUCUCAACUGAAACUGUAACUUUUCCUCUCAAGUGAAACUGUAACAGUAGCAUGUCAUAAAAUACUAGAUUAAAUUUAGUCCAGCAUAGUUUGAAGUUAUAGUCGAGAUAUUCAAGUUGGAUAGGCUACUAGUGAACCCAUAGAAUAUAUACAAUUGGGCAAGUCAUGAACAGAUUUGCUGCCAUAAUUCCGAGUAAAAAGUAACCAAUAAUAGUUAGUACUGGUAUAAAAAAUUAUAAAAAAAAG